UUCAGGGUUAACGAAACGGAAGAGGACGUGAACGAAGGAGAGUUAAAAGCAAAGGCAAAGGUUAACAAAGGUAAAUGAAAAUAAAUGAGAUGAAUGAACUGGAUAAAAGUAAAAAGAACAGUGAAGGUCAUUAGUAAAAGUAGAAUAAGGUGAAUAACGCCUCAGACAGGCUAAGGAGAAACAGAAGUUCAUUAGUUAAUACUGAAUGAAGGUGAACAAAGGUGAUCAAAGGGUAAAUCACUUUUAAGCGAUUUAAAAAUCGCAGGCGAUCGAGAAAACCACACGGAAAGCAAGAACAAACCAUUUAUCUUCUUCAAUCUAUUUCCUGAAAUCCUUCAUGUUCAAGGCCAUUUGAGGAUUACGCAAUAUGCCCUCGUACCGAGCGCCAGGCCCGGAACAGUACAUGGAGGUUUACAUGGAGAGCUAACACAAGCUUAGUGACCGGGCCGCAGUGACAUCUUGUGGGUCAACCAGCGAAUAUGUCAUUCGAAGUUUUUGCUUUUAUUUUAGGGAUAAUUAUCAGCAUUGCUUUGAUAUUUUUCGCAAUAUGGAACGUAAGUACAAGGACAUGUCCUAGCCUUGGUGUUUUCUUGCUUCCAACUCAAUUCUUGGUCUCUCCUUUUCCUGUAGAUAAUAGCUUUUGACGACCUCAGGACUGAUUAUAAGAACCCCGUGGACCUUUGUAACAGUUUAAAUCCGGUGAGUUUAUGAACUUAUAGAUAUUUUUAUCUCCAUCGAUCUUUGAUUGGUUAGUAACAAACUGUCUACAUCAGGUUUUUGCAUGAAACGUCUAUCAUAGAGAGUCAUACUUCACUAAAGCAUGUAGACGUGUUCUGUUAGUUAAUUGGGCCGGGACGUAAACUUACAUGUAAGCUUAUCUAAGUUGAUAUUUCUCGCAAUAUCCUUGCAAAGCUAAAAGUUUUUUUGAAACAGCGUUAUUAUUAUAUUUAAGAUUCGUUUUGUUUAUGGUACAUGUAUGUAUUGAGGGUCAUUGGCACUAAACAAACUCGAUGUUACACAUUUUUUGCUACAACGAACCAGUAAAAGCUUAAGUUUGCUAUAUAUAGCGCAUAGUGCAUUUAUUUAUUAUAUAUAAGUUAAAACACCUGCGAUGUGUUUUAUAUUUGAAAAAUUAUGUAAAUUAGGACAAAAUCAAUAAUAAUAAGGCUUUUUCAAGCACAAUGUAGCAGUUUAUAUUAAGUUGAACCAACAGUUUAUUGUUUAUAACAAUCUUGUUUUGACAGCUUGUUUUACCAGAAUAUGGAAUCCACUUGUUCAUUAGUUUACUUCUCUUGGCUGGGGGACAGUGGACUGCAUUUCUUUUUAAUCUUCCUUUAAUAAUCUACAAUAUUCACAGGUAAUAGUAAAAGAAAAUUUUAAACAUAACAGUUAACAAAAAUAUUUUGAAUCUUGAUUAACCAAAAAAAUUAAUGUACAUGUUUUUACAGUUCUUUUUUGCUUCAGUAGACAAUAGUCAACUAAAGAUGAGACGAGCUGGGCCAGUUACCUUUUAUACCACAAGAGCCUCUGUAUGGGUCCCUUCGGGUGUUGAUCGCAUCGUCCGUCUUCCAUCAAAUCAUCAGUUUUUCAGGCAAAAUCAUGACAUCAAGAAUUCUUUUGUGUGGCAGUGCUAUUAGCAAGCUCAGCACAACUACAAUGAUGAAGGAAACAAGAAAAUAUUAAAAGAAAGCAACAGGUUUAAUAAACAGAACAAAAACUCUGCACAUGCAGCACACUUUUUGGCAGAUUUCUCUGCAUUUAUUACAUGAAAAACAUUGUCAAACUUGAUUGGCAAUGCGAUCAUCUCUUCAACCCUUAAGAUUGUCACUGUAUUAAUAGGGCCCGGAAUAGUCGAGACUUCAGUUUUGUCAAAAACACCCAUGUAGAGGCUCAGAAGAUCUUAUUACCUAAAAAAUAGUCACCUGAUUGUUUAUUUCCUUAUUUCAGGUAUGCUAACAGACCAGUAAUGAGUGUUCCAGGUCUUUAUGAUGCCACAGAGGUUAUGAACGCAAGUGAAAUGUCUCGCUGCCAGAAGGAAGGAUGGGUUAAAUUAGCAUUCUUUCUCCUUAGCUUUUUUUAUUACCUCUACAGGUAA